AGUAGGUAUAGAUAGGUAGGUACGUUGAAAAUCCAAAGUAAAAUUGUACUUAGUACUACGUAUUGAUAAUGAAACAAUAGAUUAUCAUUUGAUUAGGUAAAUUACAAUUGAUCAUGAAUUGAGUCAGUCAAUCGGCUAGCGAUGUAACAAAAUGGCGGCUAAGAGUUUAUUGUUGUUUAUUUGUGUUACACAAACUGUUAUUGUGAGUUGUACGUUAUUGUGUGAGGAGGGAUUUUGCACGAAAUUCCGUCAAGACAACACGUGCGCCACAACAGCUCGCGAGUGCUCCAUCAACAACGCCACACACACAGGCCUGACGCUGCCCUCCCCCACCAUCUGCAACUGCUGCCCCUUCUGUCUGCCGCUCUUCAACGAAGGCAUGCCAUGCAGCCUUGGCGGUCCAGGGGAUGGAGUCACCAUCGGCAGGUGUGGCCACGGCCUCACUUGCAACAAUGUUACCAGAACGUGUGUUAGAAUGAGCACAAAAUGUCACGACGCCCAAGACGACUACGACGCGCGUCACGCUCAAGGCGUGACUGGCGUGUUAGAGAGACGGCCAACGUGUGACGUCAGAGGAGACUAUGCCACCUACACCUGCGUGCCGUCGCAGACAUGUUUUUGCCAGUCGGAGGAAGGGGACAGAUUGUUCGGUGAAGUUCUGUUUACGGGAAACAAUCAAUAUAUGCCUUGUGGCUGUUCCCGAAUGUUCCACAAAGUGGAGAAGUACAUAUCCCCCGGCCUUCGCUACCCGGUAGCUGGCUUGCGUUGCACCUCGGACGGGAAUUUCAACCCUGUGCAGUGUAUCGAUAGGGUCUGUUAUUGCGUGAACACCAUCACAGGGGAGGUGGUUGGCACGGAUACCAUCAAUUUGGAUACACAACGCCCUUCUAGUUUGCCUUGCUAUAAGGAAGAGCUCGACCUAUUCCCCAUAAGAAACGACACAGAGCCCCCAUACAACUACACCAGCCCGUGCUACGAGAGCAUAAGAGAGAAGGAGGAGUUGAUAGAGCAGAGUAUAAGAGACGGGUUCAACGUGGACUUCUUUACUAGCUUCUCUUCCAUCUCUUGCAUGCCUGAUGGCACUUUUGGAAGGAUUACUAUAGAUUCUAAUGGAUCAAAAAUAUGUAUAAACGAGCGUGGAGUGCGAAUCGAAGAUUAUGAAGCAAGACCGAACACACCAGAGUUUAACAACAUGGACUGUAAGUGCGCAAAAACGACGACUCUAAUGUCUGCUUCAACGGAACCGCCUCGCUGCUGCAAGAACGGCAACUUCAGACCGGUGCAGUGCCGCCGCGGCUUGUGCCGCUGUGUCGACGCUGACGGGCGGCAGGUCGGCACCGAGUCGCGUGACGUCACCGCCUUGAGCUGUCACACUGCGGGAUGGAGGAAUUGCUGAUUCCUAAGGAAACCUUAACAUAACCUCAAUACGUUUCUGAUCAGUAAUAAAGUAAUUCUAAGUAUA